CCUACCUAUCAGUGUAAACGCCAAGCCUGGAGCCUGUGUACCAUAAGGCUGGAGUGCAGUAAGAAUAAAGAUGGAAGGAACGGGGUCCUUUGGAGCUGGCAGAGCUGGAGGGGCUUUCGACCCAAUCGCCUUUGUUAAACAGCCUCAGACUAUCCUUAGAAUAUUGUCCUGGAUCUUCUCCAUUGUGGUGUUUGGCUCCAUAGUGAAUGAAGGCUACAUUAACAGUGGGAGUGAAAGACUACACUGUAUUUUCAACAAGAACAACGAUGCCUGUAACUAUGGGAUUACCAUCGGGGUCAUCGCAUUUUUUGCUAGCAUAUUUUUCUUCGUCUUGGACAUUUACUUCCCACAGAUCAGCAGUGUGAAAGACAGGAAGAAGGCUGUGCUGCUGGAGAUGGGCUUCUCAGGUUUCUGGACAUUCCUCUGGUUUGUGGGAUUCUGCUUCCUGGCCAAUCAGUGGCAGCGCACUUCCCCCAGAGAGCUGCCCCUGAACCAGGGUGCAGAUGCUGCCAGGGCUGCUGUGGCCUUCUCCUUCUUCUCAAUCAUAACCUGGGCUGGGCUGACUGUUAGAGCUGUGCAGAAAUACCUUCUGGGCACAGACAUGUCCCUCUUCACCACGGACCACCUCGAUGGGAACCCCACCAUCCAGCCCUACCCCACCGGCAGCGGCAUGGAGACCACCGACACCUACCAGAGCCCGCCUUUCACCGAGAACCUCCAGACCAGCCCCAAGGGCUACCAGGUGCCAACUUACUAGAUCGGUGCCAACUGGGAAAGUGUGUCACAAACAAAAAGGGAAAAAAAGAAAAAAAAAUGCAUCUGAUCUGUGUGUGGUGCAGUGCUGUUUCAUCGGGUGGAUGUCUACAGUUGACCCACAAAGUCAGUUUCUUUAUGUAGCCGCCCAUUGACCCUGGGUGGUGGCAUUACAGUGUUCAUAGGUAGCUGUGCUGUGACCUUCUGUACAGGAGCAGUAUGUUGGGUGUAAUUUCAUCUUUGUCCUGAUAGGUGGGUAGCUGGGUAGGUCCUGGCUAUACCAGUGAAAGAUGGUGCCAUCCCCCUCACCCUGCCCCCACCCCACCACCAAAAAAAUAAAUAAAAAAGAUACAAUGCACACUUACAAAAAUACAAUUACAGUGUUAACUCUGAGGAUUGGCCUUGUUUAACUUAAAUAGCUUUAUUAUUUAAGUUGAUACACUGGUUGCUUUACAUGUUGGGAAAACACACUUAGUCAAAAUCUACUUCUACUGUAGUGACUGAAGCAUCCAGGUUUGCUUUGCUGAGGAUCUCCUUUGUUGUCUCUGUCAGAUAAUGCUCCUACUCUGCUUUCCAGCACAGGAAAUGGCAGCAUCAUUUGUACUUAUUUAAAGUUUAUUUUUGUGUUAUUUACACUAUUUAUUCAAGCAAAGAGAGAGGGAGCAUGUCAUUGACAAUGGCACUGAUUGCAUUCCGUUUGAUGACAGGAUAAAGAGGAGUUAACAACUGUCUCAAUGACUCAGCGACUAUUCAAACACUGAGACUUUUUUUUUUUCAAUUUCAACAGGCCUGGGAAAAACUACAAAACCUUACGUGUCAUAAAGUUAGCGAAAUUUUGUGUAUUACAUUGUAAAGGUUGUGCUUGGAAUGGACAGUAUUAUCAAUA